UCCUGGUGGUCCAGAAUGCCUCGCUCAUCCUCAGCAUCCGCUACGUCCGCACGUUGCCGGGCGACCGCUUCUUCACCACAUCGGCCGUCGUUAUGGCGGAGGUCCUGAAGGUGGCGACGUGCCUGCUCAUCGUCCUGCUGCAGAAGAGAUGCGCCCUGAAGGAGACGCUGUGGUUCCUGCUGGACUCGGUCGUCCUGCAGUACCAGGACACGCUGAAGCUCGCCGUGCCGUCGCUCAUCUACACGCUGCAGAACAACCUGCAGUACGUCGCCAUCUCCAACCUGCCGGCCGCCUCCUUCCAGGUGACCUACCAGCUGAAGAUCCUCACCACGGCGCUCUUCAGCGUCCUGAUGCUCAGGAAAUCUCUGUCCAGAGUCCAGUGGGUUUCCCUGCUGCUGCUGUUUGCCGGCGUCGCCAUCGUCCAGGUGCAGCAGGAGGGAAAGAAGGAGGCGGCGGUGGCUGACGCCUCGAACCAAAACUACAUGGUGGGUCUGGUUGCCGUGGUGAUCAGCUGCCUGUCGUCUGGCUUCGCCGGCGUUUACUUUGAGCGGAUUCUGAAGGGCAGCUCUGCAUCGGUGUGGAUGAGGAACGUGCAGCUGGGCAUCUUCGGCACAGCGCUCGGACUACUGGGAAUGUGGUGGAACGACGGCGCCGCCGUGGCUGAGCACGGCUUCCUGUUCGGCUACACCGGCAUGGUGUGGUGCGUCAUCUUCAACCAGGCGUUCGGCGGGCUGCUGGUGGCCGUGGUGGUGAAGUACGCCGACAACAUCCUGAAGGGCUUCGCCACUUCCUUCUCCAUCAUCGUUUCCACGGUGAUGUCCGUCUACCUGUUUGGCUUCCACGUGGACCUGCUGUUCACCGCGGGGGCGGGGCUUGUCAUCGCCGCCGUCUACAUGUACAGCCUCCCCAAGGUGCCCGGCGGCCUCCCAUGCCCCGACCCCGCCUCUUCCUCUGCGUCCGCUGAGCCGCUGAGGGCGGGCGGAGGCGGCGAGAUGGAGGCGUUUCUGCCAAAAGCUCCUUCCCCAGCCGCCAGCCGCACAGACUAAUUCCUGGAAGCUGAGCAGGAAGGAGCUGGAGCGCCCCCUGCUGUUCUCUCUGCCUUAAAACUCUUUGCUAUCUGAAAGAAGCGCCUUACACUGAUUGGGUUCUGCUUGGUAGUUGCUGAUUGGUUGGUCUGCUUGGGGGCGGGGCCACCUGUGGACUGUACGUUGCCUUUUCCUCUGUCUGAAGCCAUAGGGUGGCGGUUCUGAUCCCGGCCUGGUGUAGCCCGGUCCGGUCCGGUCCGGCUGCUCGCUGGGAAUGUGCUCGUUGAUUGGAGCAUUUUUUAAUUCUUCAACUAAUCUUUGAUGUUUGUUGUUGGAGGGGGUGUGGCCUGUCUGUAGGCGGGGUCAAGGGUCAUCGUUUCAUUUUUGUCUCCAUUGAGACCUGAUAUGUUCCUGAAAACCUGAGCAGGUCCAGAAGGAUUCACCAGAACCUUCAUGUCAUAACCCAAACCACCAGAAGAUGGCGCUGUCCAAACUGCACAUGUAGAGAAAUAUUCUCUAAAAGUCUAAAAACGAGCUCUAUUGUUCCUGCUGAUGGGUAUCCUUCAUUUUGUGGAAAACCGUCACAUGGUGUCAUGUGGGUGGAGUCAGGAGUUGAUCUCGGUCCCACCCACAUCCACUGGUCACUGCCGGGUUUUCCUAUUACAAAGAAAGCAGAAAUAUUGUUCAGUCUCGGUAAAAAGAAAGUACACCCUCAUUUCACAGCAGAUUUCUCCUGUGGUCCAUUAAACUAAGAUCAGAGGAAAUUGAGUAGAAUAGAAGUAAAACCUACAGAGACUAAAUCAGAUAUUUAGUUUUCAAAACCACAAAAUAAUCCAGAAGUCUGAGUUUUUAUAAGACAGAACUACAGAGAAAAUGUUUCAUUAAAUCCGAUUUAAAGGUUUUCAUUUCCACAUCAGGAUCUAGUAAAAGCUGCUUUCUGAUUGGACCAGCUAAAAUGUCUCCAUCCAAUCAGUUUGAGCUUAAAGGUUCAAAAGUCUCGUUUCAUUUGGUCCUGAGUCAGAAAGGUUCUUGUUAAAUUCCUUUAAAACCUUUUUGUCGGAUUUAAACGCUGUGUUCCGGGUUGGGUGGAGUCGGACCUCGGAUCACUCGGGUCCAUUUGGAGACAAAAACCCGGCAGAACUGCGAGGAUUUCACUGGAGGACCGCGUUUCCGUUUGGGGGAGUGAGGAGGAAGAGGAGCGGUCCGAACUCUUCCUCGUGUUGAUGAUAUUGUUUGGGAUUCUGGUGGGAUAACGAGGAUUUUUACGUUUUUUUGGUUUUUCCUGAAUCUGAAACUUUUCUUCAUCUUCAAACAGAAGCUUCAGUUUUUCAGCUGUGCAGAAACUUUUCAGGCGUUAAAGUAUUUGGACCUCCAGGACGAUUCAGAACCAGUUUUGUCUCUGAGACCCAGAGGUCUGACGGUGACGGUGAAGAUGAUGGUGACUGAAGAAAACAGAAUUAAUUCUUAUGAAUCUCAGAAGUUUUUCCAUAAUGUUCAUCUUGAGAACAUUCAGUAAAAAAUCACCAAUCGUCAAAAUAGUAAUUUUCUCCAAACAUGAUUGGAGAAGUAGAAAAAUUAUUUCUGAAUAAGUUUUGACCAAGAAGAACAAAAUGAAGUUUUAUUUCUUUAUUUCUGCUCGCUGUGUCUGGUCCUGGCCACCAGGGGGCAGCCUCAUCAGACCCGGAUGGAGUUUGGCUCCUUGUUUAAAUCCUUUCAGCGUUAAUUUCACUCAACGUAAUGAAACAUUUUCCAUUAAAUACAUUUUUUUAUAUUUUUUGUCCACAAAUAAAAAAUGCUGAAAAGCCAAAAAUGUAACUAAAAUAUAUUUUCUUUUUGUCUUGUUUUUGCAAUCAUAAUUUAUCAAAUUGAUGUAAUAAAUGUUAUUCCUGAGCAAUAGAAAUGCAAGAGAUACAUGAAGAAGAUAUAAAAAUGUAAAUUAUAGGUGAAUAUUGAAGCGUUUUAUUUUGCCUGUGCUGAAAGUGAAAAGGUUUUAUAUUUUUCCUGAAAGCUUUUAUUGUUGUUGGGGGGAAUCAUGAGCAUCUGAAGGGAAACUGAACCAUUCUUGCUUUUAUAUUUGAAGAAACUGAGAUGUAUCAGUUGUUUACAGGGUUGUUUUUAUUUCUGUGUAAAAAUUAAAUCCCAUGAGAUUAUAAAUUCACCUGAAAGACGCAGAGUUUCUGUGUUUGGUGGAAAUCUGUAGAUUUUCUGAAUCAGAUUUGAUCUGAGCUGGCAGCCUGCAGCGCCCCCUGCUGGAUGUUUUCUUGUGUUGACGAACCGGAAACAGUCGCAGCUCCGGGUUUCAUGUCCACUUCCUGUUUUUCUCAAACUGUUGGGACAGUUUGUGCGGUUGCACUCGGUUGUUGGUUUGUAUCACAGCUUAUGAGUUUGUAAAUACUUGUUUUGGUAAAGUUUUAUAAAUCAAACACUAAA